ACGACAAAAGGCAAAACAAAACCUUUGCCUUCUAUUUUCCACAGAAUAGAAUCCGUCAACCCCUUUUCUCACGCUUUACUCUCAAUUAUUGCCAUUUUAAUUUCGUUUUCAUUUCUUCUUUAUAAUUUUUUUUUUUAAAAAAAAAUUGAAUUGAAAAACACUGCAAAACCAGCUUUCCGGAUUGGAAAAACCAGACAAAACCACCUGUCUCUCCACAAAACCACCUUUUCCUUUUUAUUCCUUUCCAAAACCGCCCUUUUCUCGACAACCCAAUUCAGCAAUUACCCGCCUUUUCUGCUCCCCUCUUUCGAUUUUGGCGUUUCAGAAACUGUUUUCGGGGAUUGAACAGUUUGGAGUGGUGGUUGGUAACGUGCACCGGCGCUGCAGGUGGUGGUUGUUUGGUUGGGAUUGAGUUGUCGUGGCGAUGACGACGGAGUUGAUGGCGGGAAGGUGGGGCACGUGGGAGGAGCUUCUGUUGGGCGGAGCCGUUCUCCGCUAUGGUACCCGAGACUGGAACUUGGUCGCUGCGGAGGUCCGAGCCCGAACCGUUACUGCCUUCACCUUCACCCCCGAGAUCUGUAGAGCUAAGUUUGAGGAUUUGCAACAACGUUAUUUAGGUUGCAAAGCUUGGUUUGAGGAGCUAAGAAAGCAACGAAUGGCAGAGCUGAGGCAAGCCUUGGAGCAAUCUGAAGGUUCAAUUGGGUCUCUAGAGUUGAAGCUUGAAAGUCUAAAGGCUGAGAAAAGAGAUGAUCAUGCGAUGGAUUAUGAUUCUAGCCAGACCGAAUUACAGCUGCUGUCUCUCAAGUCUGAGGGAAUUGAAUCUUCUAGUAAAGACACAUCGAAGGAUGGUUUGUCUGCAGGUAGUUUCACACAGGAUGCCCAGACAAAGUGGUCAGCUGAAUGUCAGGUCCUGGCAGCAGUGCCUGCUGAAGGGAUAGAUGUUAGACCGGAAAUUUCAGUGACUUUUGACAGAGAGAAAUUGAGCAUUGAGAAGCUCAAAGAAACUGUAUGUGGGGGACAGUUUCUGAAUAUAAGGAAAAGAAGAGGUAAGAGGAAGAGAAAGGAUUGUAGUAGGGAUGUCAAAGAAGGGAGUGUUGGAGAGAGUGAGUUUCUUGGCUCUGCUGACAUUGCAACUGCAUCAUGGUGUAAAGAAACAUCAGUCAGCAACUCUGCACAGAUUGCCCGAUCCUCUGGUGUUGAUGAUCAGACGAGAUGUCCAAACAAGGAACUGAUUGGUGAUCUGAUGAGGGUAUUUAGUUCUGUAGAAGAGAAUGAAUGUGCUUCUGUCUUUCGCCGACGGCUUGAUAGUCAGAAGAGAGGCAGAUACAAGAAAAUGAUUCUACAGCACAUAGAUUUUGACACCAUUAGAUCAAGAAUUGCCCGUGGUUCUUUCACGUCACUUAAGGAACUCUACCGAGAUAUGCUAUUAGUUGCCAACAAUGCCUUGCUAUUUUAUUCCAAGAAUACCCGGGAAUAUAAAUCAGCACUUCUCCUCAGAUACAUUGUAACUGCAGUGUUACGACAGCAUUUAAAGGAUUCUGGCAACAAGCCUACAACUUCCAUCCUUCCAUCCAGCUCGUCCAUGCAUAAGCCUCCUGCGAUGCCUCGAAGCAUUCGUCCUGGUAAUCGUAAACUGCCAGGAAAAGUGGCAAAUCCUAGGAAUGCAGCUGGUGGGACUUCUAACGGAAGUAAAAAACCAUUCAAUGUGGAUUCCCCUCCAUCAAUGGACUCCUUAGCCGUGACCAAGAAGGGCCUUUCUCAGCCAAGAAAAGUGGGACAUGGCCGUGCCCUCAAAAAAUCAGAAACCUCAGAAAGGAAGAGAACUCGUGCCUGGUAAUUAUUCUCCACCCUCCUAGUCUCUCUCUUAUUGUAAACACUGGUUGUAGAUUUGUAGUCCAAUGUUGAAAAAUGUAGAGAAACACACUUAUUGCCUCCUAUUUUGUACAAACUCACGUCUUUGGGAGAACAGAUGUAGAAUUGCAUUGUAACAAUCACAUUAGUAUGAAAAAAAAAAAAUUCCCUAU